UUUUGAAAGAAGUUUCGAGAAUAUCCCCCCUGAUGACGGAAGAGUUUGCCUUUUUGAUAGCCCAUGGAUUGCUGAAAACUUUUGCGUCAGUACCCGAAGUCAGCGCAAUGCUCGAAGUCAAGUCGUCGCCGACACCAUGGACAAGUGUCUAGCGUGGAUCGCCACUUUCCUUUGCCUACUGCUGCUCGUCGAGGCCAUGGCCGAGGCGUCGCCGUACAGCGUCGCCGGUGAGGAGACCGUCGCAAGCGGCGCAUCCGCCGAGGCAGACCCCUACGAAUUCUGCCGAGCGCACUUCGGCGCGGACUUCGCUCUGAACCGCGAAGUCCGCCGCGCCACCAAUUCGAUCGAGAAACAGCCUCACGAGCCAAGAGAUGACCUGGACGACUACAAUGACAACCUGGCCCGUCUUCUAUUCUUCACACGAAAGAGGAGCUGCAUUCGUCGUGGGGGCAGUUGCGACCACCGCCCGAACGAUUGCUGCUACAACUCAUCGUGCCGAUGCAACCUGUGGGGCACCAACUGCCGGUGCCAGAGGAUGGGCCUGUUCCAGAAAUGGGGCAAGAAGUGAGGCGCCUCCUUCCUCCUGAGGGACAACAGGCGCCAUUGACAGCCUUGCGACCACCGCACACGGACGGAUUUUUAAGACAUGUAUAAAAGAGAAGAUACGAAUGAGGCAGCGGAAAGAAGGUAGAACGAAAAAAAAAAAAAGAAACACACAGCCACCGCUUCCAUGUCUCAGUGGUGUUCAUCGUAGUUCCUCAGCCGUAGUUUCGUAUCGUUAUGUUUAUACGCGUGGACGUAGCGUAGCACCUGCAAUUUGUAAAGACCGGUGAACGGCAAGGAAGGUUUUCAAAAAAUUUUGGAGUGGGAAUUACUUCUAGAAUGUGAAGCCAGACGGAGUGCUGAAUAGUGAGGGCUAAAAUCUGGCUAAUGUCGACUAUAUGAUGGCGAGAACCGGCUUACGUUCGUUAGUGUUGGCUAACUGAUGGCUAAUGGUAUUCAUCGUAGCCCCUUGCGUUUGUAAAGAGCGGUGAACGGCAAAGUGGUUAGAAAAAAAAGACUGCUGAAGUCGAAAUUAUUUCUGGAAUGUGAAGUUAUAUCACCGCAAUAUUGCUCCAUUCACGAGAAAACAUUAGCGUACAACAAAAAAAAAAAAAAGCAGCGUUCGCCUCACAGGCCAUAAUAAUUUAAAUUUCGGUCAUUUUCUCGCACAGAUACUGCUCAACAGGUGUCUUAGUGUAACUGGUUUCCUUAAAUGCCUCAAAGUUCUGCGAAUUUUAGUAGGGUUACUUCAGCCGAAAAAAGCGAUCCCUCAUUUUAUACUUAGGCUAGAGUUCACUGUCAGCAGAACAAAAACACUUUAUAUCUGAUCGGGUGUCACACAAGAAGGCCUUAUUUUUUAGCUAAACUGCAGGCAAAUGCUGCCAUCCCAUCUGCUUCUAACACCCUCUGAAAGCUUCCACUUCAGAAUUUUCUUAAUCCUCCUUGGUGAACGGUGGCCUAUCGAAUUCGCUAGCAUGCAAGCACUAGCUAGUGAUGGCUAAAAUUUGGCUAAUGUCGGCUAUGGGACGGCUGGUUCCGGCUAACGUUCUUUAGUGAUUAACUGAUGGCUAAUGAUCGCUAAGUGCGGCCAUAUGACUGAUAUACGGGUCACUGUUGGCCUUACUACGCGCAAAUGUUGGCUAGUGUUCCCAUAUAUUGGCUAAGUGAUGACCAGUGUUGGGUAACUGACUUUAGGCGUAAGUAAAUGACGGUGAUUUUGCUGGGUAAUGGGCAAUGUUUGAUAAUUUCGAGUGGUGCAGGUUAUCCGCGGUUGAAAUAGCAACACUGUGUUCAUUCAACCUAAACCCCCAAAAAAUUUUUCUCCCGCACAUACGUACACAGUUUCCUCGACAGCGUUAGACGUAGAGGGCACUCCGUGCUCCGUUAAGCAACACGUGGGUUCUCCACUUUAGCGUGGCUCGACGUUCGUCAACUCGACACGAUUCGCUCCGAGUCGAAUCGUACUCGUUUACGUCGUUUCGGUUUCUAGUCUCUCCAUUUGACGCGCGUAAACGUUUCGAUGCGACGCGCGAUCUUUUUUUUUUAUUAUUGUUUCGUUUUCUUUCGCGUUCAUGGCUGGCGUUCGAGCUUUUUGCAGUUCCUGUCCGCGUCAUGUAGUUAAAAAAACAGCUAGCUACUCGCGUAACGUGUCAAAACGAAGUUUGUAUCCCUGUCGAUAUAUUAGUGUUCAGGUUCCUCCAAUUACGUGAUAUUUGGGAGGACUCUAUGUAGUGAAAGGACUGUAGUAACGUGAGUCACUGCUUUGUCAGCUUCUGAGCCAAUGAACAACUGUAUCUGCUGAGGCCGAGGUGCAUCUUAUAGACCCCUGUGAAUCGAUGUUUUGUUUGAAACUGUUGUCACUUAACCGAUCGUUGCGUCAGAACUCGCGCAAGUGUCAUUUGGCGCAUGACUGCAUUUAUUGUUUUCACGCGUGAUAUCGUGUGUUUAAUCGAUGUGCUGUGUUGUGCCAGUGUUGUAUUUCGCGAUGUUGAGCAUGCGUGGUGCACAUCCGAAGCUUCCCGGUGGCAUCUAGAUGUUUUGACUAGCCAUGUGUACUUUGCCUUCGCUCUUUUGAAGAGGGUGGAUAGUUUAUCUGCUGCGUUAGAAAAUGGCAACUCUUUCUCAUCGACCCGACGAUAUCCCGGUGCCGCUCAACGUAAUGCUAAGUCGCUGAAAGCCAGACGUAGGAGCUUUUCACCGUGCUUCAACAGCAGGUUUUUAAUUGGUGGCUGUCCUCGUGUAUUUUAUACGAAGCAAACCGAUAGCGUGUGCUACUUGAAAACCUUACACUUUACUAAAGAUUACACAGCUGCGGCAUUUACAGUGUCCGCAUACCGUAACAGUAAUUCGCUAUUAAAACACUUCGCUCGCUGCUAUUCAGUCAAGAAAGUCGUGACACGUCAUGCGCUCUUGCUGUUCUUGACAUAUCGUUAAAGUAUGCGUCGGCACGUAAGAUAGAUUCGGUUGUUAGAGAUAAGAUAGGCCCCUAAGCCUGCAAACUGUCACUAGAACGUUAGUCGUACUGGAAUUGGCCUCCGAUGUGAGCAGCCUUUAGAAAAGCCUUGUACAAACUACGUCGAAAGUAGGUUGUCUAUUCAAAAGAUCACCGGAAUCUGUUGUACCAGGAGCCGCGGCUGUCGCAACCUAAUAGAUGUCAAAUGCUUCACUUUGCGGUUAGCGUCCUUCGCAGAUUCUUUCGAAUCGGACCACUGAAGCGAUAAGCGGUAGGCCUAACCGCAGCCUGGCCUAAGCGCGGCUGCUAGCUUAUUUUGGGAAGAAAAAAAAAGCGGUCGGCUCAUAUGAACUAGACGCAUUUGUCGCCUUAUCUGUGCGAAUGGAAAAUAUCUAUCAAAUGUCACAGUUUGUCGUUAGCGUCCUUCGCACAUUAUUUAAAUGACAAGCAUUAAAACGAUAAGCGCUGGGCCUAAACGCAGCUCUUGUUGACCUAAUCGCUAGGCCUAACCAGGGCUAGGCCCUACCGCAGCUCCCGGCUUCUUUUGGGAAGGAAAAAAAAACGCUGGGCUAAUUUUACCUAGACGCCCUCUUCGUAUUAUCCGAUUGAAACAAUACCCAUGGAGUAACAUGCAGGGGAAAAAAUCUAGAGCGUUUCGGACUAAAAAGCAGAAAACUGUAUAACCUAAGUCCAAGGUUCACAUCUCCAAUUCCUUGACACUGCUGUCCUUGGUAUCGUCGAUUACGUAACGGACGGCUGACACUGAAGUUGCCAGCUUCAAAGACAGCCUGCAGCUCUCCACGGCAUCUACUUAAACGAAUUAGGUCCCAAUAUUAAGAAAUAUCGCGAUGAAAAAAAGAAACGUGAAGGUCCUGUAACAGCACACGAUUCACGCAAAAUAUCCACGAAGGCCCACUUCGAUUAACGCUGGCGGCAAGCCAGACUCAAUCUAGCUAGCUCAAAUCAGGCAAGUUGCAUAUACAGUGCUUUCGUGUGUCACAGAAACCUUAAAAAAAGAUGUUUUCAUUCCAAAACAAGAAACUUUGAUGUGUUGUUAUGAAUGUACAUACUUGUAAGAAAGUCUCCAAGUGUUCGUAUGUAAAUUGCAUUUGCGAUCACUGUUUGCCUCGUUGUGUGUAUGUAAAAUAGCUGCUGUAGCUGGUGCUUCUUCUUCAGAUAGCACUGUCUUUUUUUUUCGUUGUUGUUUUUUCGUUCGGUUCGUUAACUUGGGCACUCUUCGGAAUAGCGGAGGUCCACCCUGCUAAUUAAUUAUGUAGGCGGCUCGCGCCAGGCCUUACUUCAUUGAAUGAAGUGUUCUUUUGAGUUAAUGAGCUCGUCAAUAGAAGGAAUUUUUCUUCUUUCGCAAAAUAAGAGAGGCGAUAGACAGUCAGUGUUAGAUUUCCCUUUCCCGCUCCUCUCUCUCUGUUAUCGACUCACUUAACUGCACUUUUUCAGCGCAGUUACAUUGAUUGUUUCAGCCGAAUUCCAGAAUCUUAGUUGGUUUUUGUCAACCAGUAAUGCGGCAAGCUGCAAAGUAAAAAAAAAGAUGAAAAGAAAAGAAAACGUUAUUAUCACGAAACUGUAACACCCCUUAACCCGUGUUAACACCUGUUAACACCCGUUUGUGACACCCGUUUGUAGCACGAAGUAGAAAGGAAAUCCAUUUGGAUUUCACACAAAGCUCCCUGUAUGACGGAAAAUUCGCCCUUCUGCGGGAUUCCAACCCAAGACUGACGCUUUCCCGGAGCCUAUUCAGUAACGGACCAGGCGUCCAGUCGUUUUAGACCCGGUAGCGGAGCGACCGCUACGUAAAGGCGUUAGCCCCGGGAUCGAAUACCACAUAAGGGCAAUUUUUUUUCCACCGGUUUCGGUUCAAUAACGGAGAAGGGCCCAAUCGGCUUAGCCCGGAUGGCGUAGCGAUCGCUACAGAAAGGCUUUAGUCGCUGGUUCGAAUCCCGUAAUUGAGACGAACUCUUCGUCAACUGGGAAGUUUUCCGUGACUUCCGCAGGAGCUUCGUUUGUUUAGGCUUCGUGCCACAAGCGGGUGGAUGACUUACUUGAUUUACUUACCCAUUUCACUUACUUGAUUUUGCAAGCAGUGUGUGCAAAACGCGGGUAGCUGUUGCCAAAGGCCUUCUGAUUGCAUUUUCGAGAGAACAGGCUGGUUAGCUUUCGAGACGAGAUUUCUUGUGGAGGCCUUAAAGUGGGCUUUACCGCUGCGCACUGCUGCCUCGCAGAGAAGCCAAAGCUAUCGUGAGGUUGUGCGGCAUUUUUUGUAAUUCAUUGUUACCACCCAUGACAUCGACUUGCAAGAGAUGCGGUCGAUUGUGUGUUGUUUCUUGCAUGCUGACUUGUUUUGCGAGUGAUCGCAAAAAUGUUUGUCAACAUCGUUUGUAAUGGAAGUAAACUCCGAAGAACAACAAAAAAAUUCACAAAAAAAAAUUGCUUAGAAGUUGUUGGCGUAUUCAGCAACUCGCAUCUAUAGAGCAUCUAUAACAGACGACGCGCUGUACUCGAUGUGAGUGUGUGUGUCUUUGUUGCUCCCACGGGUCACUAAGUGUUGGGAACUGCAAAUCGAACUCAAAGUUUUGUGUUUGCUUACUGUUAAUGCAUUGUAGAUAAUUGUAAUAAAACAUUCUUCGUGUCUGCAAGCAUAA